AUGGACGAGAGGUUGAUUUUGGCCGUCAGCGAUCUCCCAGAGCUGUACGACAAACGGCGUGUGCUGGGCGUGUCUGGAGGCAUUGAGGAGCUGGGCAGUGUGAGAUGGGAGCUGGCUUUGUGUCUUCUGGCCUGCUGGGUGAUCUGCUACUUAAGCAUCUGGAAAGGUGUCAGAUCUUCUGGAAAGGUGGCUUAUUUCACAGCUACAUUCCCCUAUGUGAUGCUCCUGGUCCUACUCAUCAGGGGCCUGACUCUACCGGGAGCUUGGGACGGGAUCUACAGUGCCUUGCGAAAGUAUUCGGCCCCCUUGAACAAUCCAGCUGUCUGGCUAGAGGCAGGAUCCCAAAUAUUCUUCUCCUACAGCUUGACUAUAGGGACUCUGAACGUUCUGGGCAGUUAUAAUAACUACAACAACAAUUGUUACAAGGACUGCUUUUGGCUCUGUCUGCUGAACAGUGGGACCAGUUUUGUUGCUGGAUUUGUCGUCUUCUCUGUACUUGGAUUCAUGGCUCAGAAACAAGGUGUUAGUGUUGACACUGUGGCUGAGUCAGGUCCAGGUUUGGCCUUCAUUGCUUACCCUCAGGCAACAGCUCUGAUGCCUUUUCCACAGUUCUGGACUGUCUGCUUCUUCCUGAUGCUUAUUCUGCUGAGUGUCGACACGCAUUUUGUGACAGUAGAGAGUGUUAUCACCUCUGUAAGCGACUUGUUUCCAAAGCUGUUACGCGCACCAGUGAAGCACGAGAUCUUUGUCCUUGUCAUCUGUGCGUCCUUCUUCCUCAUGCACCUGACCCUGGUCACUGAGGGGGGAAUUUACAUAUUCCAGCUAAUUGAUUAUUAUGGUUGUACCAGAGCCUGUCAGGAUUUUAUGGCUGUAUGUCAAUGCCUGGCUUUGGGAUGGAUUUAUGGUGCUGACCGCAUAUUUAACAUCAUUAAGGACAUGACAGGACAGAGACCAUCAGUUUUCUUCAAACUAUGCUGGAAUUACAUCGUUCCUCUACUGUCACUGAGCUCCUUUAUCCUGUACCUGGUUGAUUACCAACACCUAAGGAUCAACGACUGGUACGUUUACCCUGACUGGGCGUACGCACUAGGAUGGGCCAUGACCCUCUCCUCUGUUCUCAUGGUGCCACUGUGGGCAGCUGGACAGAUGUGUUUGACAGCAGGAACCUUCAGACAGCGUUUGUCCAUUCUUUGUCGUCCUGCCAACGAUGAAGCCUUGCAGAAGGAAAGUGAAAAACUGAAAGAGGAGGAGGGGACGGUCGAACUCAGGGCGUCUGUAGUGACGUCUGAACUGCAAAGUUCCAUUAACUAG